UAAGCCUGUCUCCAAAACUUGCAUUCCGCCAGGCGCCAUGGAUGUAGAGAAAGUCUUCCACAUGAAGGGUGGGACUGGAGAGACUAGCUAUUUCAACAAUUCUUCACUUCAGAAAAGUGUGGCGGAAAAGAUGAAGGACAUAACCCUGGAAGCCAUAAAACAAAUGUACGUUACUCUAAGGCCAAAAAGCUUAGGCAUAGCCGACCUCGGCUGUUCAUCUGGAUCGAACGCUCUGCUGUACAUUAAACGACUCGUGGGUGCCGUCGAGAAGGCCACUCAGAGUGUUGAGCAAGCUGCACCGGAGUUCCGUGUGUGCCUGAACGAUCUUCCAACCAAUGAUUUCAGCACAGUUUUCCAGGCAUUGCCGGAUUUGUACCAGGAGUUGAAGAAAGGAAGGAACAUUGAUGAGGCUCCGUCAGUUUAUGUAGCUGCUUAUCCAGGCAGUUUUUACGGCAGACUUUUCCCGGAGAAUAGCCUUCACUUCGUGUAUUCCUUCAGCAGUCUGCAUUGGCUGUCCAGGGUUCCUCCAGGAAUUUACGACAAGCAAGGCGUGUCGUUAAACAGAAAAAGCAUUUACAUAACGAAAAACAGCCCGGCACAGGUAUGCGAAGCGUACGCCCAACAGUUCCGACAGGACUUCUCACUGUUCCUCAACUGUCGGUCCCAAGAAGUUGUGAGGGGAGGAGGAAUGGUGCUGUUGUUGACGGGAAGAAGCAGUCCAGACUUUUACUGCAAGGACAACAUAUUUCCUUGGGAACUUCUUUAUCAAUCUUUCAGCAUCCUCGUUGCUCAGGGUAAAGUUGAGGAGGAAAAGGUGGAUUCUUACGAUGUUCACUAUUACGGUCCAUCCAGAGAAGAAAUAGAAGAUGAAGUAAGAAAGGAGGGUUCUUUCAAAUUGGACCGUGGGGAGGUGCUCAAAAAGGAGACGGAUUGUACCAGCUCCGGUGUGGCCGUCGCCAAAACAGUGAGAGCAGUCCAAGAAUCCAUGCUCUCCAACCACUUUGGAGAGGCAAUAUUGGACGAGUUGUUUGACGAAUACGGGAGAUUGCUGGAUCAAGAGAUGGCCAAAGAAGCUGUCACGUUCAUUGACAUUGCUCUUAUUCUUACCAAAUUAUGAUAAUGUAGUAAGAAAUCAGAUGGCAGGA